AUCUUAGAGUUCAACUGACUUAAAAGACUAAACCAAAGGAAAAGUUUCACAAAGGCCUGAAAAUGGAACCUAUCAAGAAACAAGGAAGACACUUUGUUUUGGUACAUGGUGCAUGCCAUGGAGGUUGGUAUUGGUACAAGCUAAAGCCCCUGCUAGAGGUUGCAGGCCACAAGGUAACAACUCUAGACUUGGCAGCCUCUGGGAUUGAUUUGAGAAAAAUAGAGGAACUUCACACAUUUCAUGAUUACACUUUGCCAUUGAUGGAAUUGAUGGAAUCUCUUCCACAAGAGGAGAAAGUCAUACUAGUAGGACAUAGUCUUGGUGGUAUGAAUUUGGGACUUGUUAUGGAAAAAUACCCACAAAAGAUCUAUGUUGAUGUUUUCUUGGCUGCCUUCAUGCCUGAUUCUAUUCACAUGUCUUCCUAUGUCUUGGAUCAGUAUUUUGAGAGGAUGCCAACAAUAAAUUGGUUGGACACCCAUUUUGUAUCAUAUGGUUCCCCUGAAGAGCCUCUGCCAUCCAUAUUUUUUGGGCCCAAGUUCUUGGCUUACAAUCUUUAUCAAUUAUGCUCUCAUGAGGAUCUUGCAUUGGCAUCAUCAUUGGGGAGAGCAAGCUCUCUAUUCCUAGAAGAUUUGUCAAAGACAAAGUAUUUCACAGAUGAAGGAUAUGGAUCAGUGAAGAAAGUUUAUAUAAUCUGCACUGAGGAUAAAGUAUCACCAAAAGAAUUCCAGCAAUGGCAAAUUGACAACAAUGGAACCGUCAUCGAAGCAAAGGAGAUCAAAGGUACUGAUCAUAUGGCAAUGCUAUGUAAGCCCAAACAACUUUCCAUGAACACAUCUCGGUUAAUAAGUGCUUAA